AUGAACUUUGACCUUCCACGGGACCUCCAGGAGUAUCUCGCCUCUCUGGACCAAUUCAUUCAGAAUGCCAUUCUCCCCCUCCAGCAUACGAAUGAUAAUAACCGCUUCUUUGACCACCGGCGAGAGUACUCGCGAACCGACUGGGAAAAUGGCGGCGUGCCUCGGAAAGAAUGGGAUGCCCUACUUGAACAAGCUCGAGCUCUCGCCGAUAGUGCAGGCUACUACCGUUUUGCUCUCCCCAAAAGGUACGGAGGCCACGCUAAUGCAAGCACAAAUCUGUGGAUGUGUGCCAUUCGCCUGCAUCUGGCCUCCCAUCCCGUCUACGGUGGCGGUCUCUCACUAGCUAACGACUUGCAAAACGAGCAUAGCGUGGUUGGAAAUUUCCCCGACGUGCUCAUGCUUCAUCACUUUGGAAACGAUAAACAGCGCAGGGAUCUAAUUCCUGCAAGACUACAGGGCCGCUUUCGCACAACAUUUGGUUUGUCGGAACCUAAGCACGGAAGCGACGCUACAUUUCUGGAGACGAAAGCCCGACCAGCUUGGAGAGUAUAUCCACCCGGCUCUGGAAAAAUUGUGAGCGGUUUUAUCCUGGAUGGGGUAAAAAAAUGGCAGAGCGGUGCAUAUCAUUGUACCCAUAUGAUUAUCUUUGCACGAACUUCAGGCAUGCCAGGCUCGGCAUAUGGUAUCACUGCAUUCCUAGUUCGGAAAGAGACCCCAGGGGUAAAGAUCAUCGGCUAUGAAUGGACUUUUAAUAUGCCCACGGAUCAUGCCACCAUCGAACUUGACUCAGUAUUUGUUCCGUUUUCAUCUAUCCUUGGAACAAUGGAUGCUGGCCUUGACGUUGCACAGACAUUUGUCCAUGAGAAUCGAAUUCGCCAAGCAGCAUCAUCCUGCGGCGCAGCCAAGUUUUGCCUCGACCGUUCGAUUGAAUAUGCCCGAUCUAGAAACGUGUUUGGGAAAGCAUUGGCAGAUAACCAGGCAAUUCAGUUCCAAGUGGUCGAACUGACGACACAAGUUGAGAUGCUAAGGCUUCUCAUUCUCCGAACAGGCUGGGAAAUGGACAAGGUAGUUGCGGAAUGUGGCGCGCAUUCCGAGAAUCCCGCCACCACCAAAACUCCCUGGGUUGAGAUUGAGAAGCGCCUGAGUGAUAAAAUUGCGAUGUGCAAUUAUUGGGCAAAUCGGCUUUGCUGUCAAGCUGCUGACCGAGCCAUGCAGAUUCAUGGUGGUAAUGGGUAUUCUCGUCACCAGCCCUUUGAGCAUAUCUACCGACACUUUCGCCGAUACCGUAUCACUGAAGGUUCUGAGGAGAUCCAAAUGCGAAAGAUCGCAGCCUACAUUUUUAGGUUCUCUGGCCCACAGAGCGCUUCUGCUAAAGAACCAGGUGAUCAACUGAGCCAGAAUAAACCUUCAAAGCUGUAG